AUGGCGGCUCCCGAAGCCGCGGGCAAGGACGGAGUCUUCCGUACAACCGGGCUGCCUACAGAGCCCGAUCCCUACGCACUUCCGCCCAGCUACCGGAAGUUUCCGUUUGAAACGGAGGCGGCAGACCUGGCGGACGGCGCGGCGGUUGCUGCCGAGCAUCUUUUGAACCAAAACGACAAGGAGUGCGAGCAGGAGCGGCGGGCGCUUAGGGCCCAGCCGAGCCGCCUCGUUACGAUGACCAGUGUUGUUAAGACAGGGUACGGCCUGCAGCCCCGCUCCGUGCCGAGCAGCGGCCUACCCGCAGACACACAAACUCGAGCCACUUCUAAGAGUCUGUUACCUGUUAGGUCCAAAGAAGUUGAUGCUCCCAAACAUCUUCAUUCAGGAGGGUCAGAGAAUGAUAUUAUGAAAGUCACCAAACCAAGACGAGAGGAUGGGCAGAUGAAAGCUGCAGACACUGCCACCAGGAGGAACAUCAGAAAAGGCUACAAGCCAUUGAGUAAGCAAAAAUCAGAAGAGGAGCUCAGGGAUAAGAACCAGCUCUUGGAGGCUGUCAACAAGCAGUUGUACCAGAAGUUGACGGAAACUCAGGGAGAGCUAAAGGAGCUGACCCAGAAGGUAGAGCUGCUGGAGAAGUUUCAGGACAACUGUUUGGCGAUUUUGGAGAGCAAGGGCCUCAACCCAGGCAGUGAGACCUUGGCAUCACGGCAGGAAUCCACCAUGGAUCACAUGGACUCUAUGUUGCUGUUAGAAACUUUGCAAGAUGAGCUGAAGCUUUUUAACGAAACAGCCAAAAAGCAGAUGGAAGAGUUACAGGCCUUAAAGGUAAAGUUGAAGAUGAAAGAAGAAGAAAGGGUCCGAUUCUUAGAACAACAAACUUCAUGUAGCAGUCAAGUAAAUGAUUUCACAACAGCUCUUGAAGAAAUGGAGCAACUAUUAGAAAUGUAG